CUUGAGAGAGACUUCAUAUCCUGGUGCCUAAAACGCUUUUAUGGUAUCAGAGGCUUUCGAUGAGGAAAAGAAAGAGAUUACCCUUUAAGCAAACAAUGGCUUCUUCAGUUUGUUCCCAAUCAACACCAUCUUAUCCAUAUCCCGCGUUGAAUGUGGCUAACUUUGUUUCCCUUCAACUUACUUCAGACAACUAUCUUCUUUGGAAAACCCAAAUGAUGGCUUUGAUUGAAAGUCAAGAGUUGUUGGGGUUUAUCAAUGGGGAAUAUGAGAUGCCUAACCCCAAGGUACUUUCAAAUGAAAAGGAAGUACCAAAUCCAACUUAUGCAACUUGGAGACGAUCUAAUCAUCUUCUUCGUGGGUGGAUUACCGAUACCUUAUCUAAAGAGGUACUUGGAAUUGCUGUUGGCCUUGAAACUUCAUUAGAAGUUUGGAAGGCAUUAGAGGAUCACUUUGCACAAAGCUCUCAAGACAGGGAGUUUCAUUUGAUGCAGGAGCUUUCAAGUAUUCAGAAGGGAGAUGAUACUCUAAAUGAGUAUAUCAGAAAAUUCAAAUAUAUUUGUGAUGAACUCUCUACUAUUGGUAAGACAAUCUCUGACAAAAACAAAGUUUAUUGGUUCUUGCAGGGGUUAGGACCGAGUUAUGAAAAUUUUGUUACAACUAUGCUUAAACCCCCUAUUUCAUCAUACAAAGAACUUAUCCCUCUCCUAAAAAGCCAUGAAUCACGUAACUCUCACCAUCAACAAAAUGCCCCACCUCCUCAAAUGGCUUUCCUUACACAAAAAUCAAAUGGGAGAAAUUAUUACUACAAAAAGAAAGGAAAUGACCAGAGGUUGUUUAGCUCAAAAGGGAAAGGUUUUAUUCAAACUAGCACUAACAACAAGUCAAGUGUUGGUUUUAAGCUUAUUGCAGGGAAUUCGGGAAGCAUUGAAGUUAAGGCUAGUGGAAAGGAUAUUGAAAAACGACUUGACGUGGUUUGUCAAAUAUGCAACAAGCAUGGUCAUGUCGCUCUUAAAUGCUUCAAUCGCUUCAAUCAUGCAUAUCAAGCUAAUGACAUUCCUCAAGCCUUAGCAGCAAUGACUAUAAAUCAGAAUGAUCUGGCAGAAUGGUAUCCAGACACCGGGGCAAAGGCUCACAUGACCGGCAACUCUAGUAAGCUUAUAAAUUUAAAACCUUAUAAAGGAAAUGAUGGUGUGAUGCUAGGAAAUGAGAAUAUAAAUGCUAUGGAUUCUACCUAUUUUGAAGCUCGCAUGGGUCCUACACAAUCAACUACUAUAAGCCAAAAGCCAUCUCUAACUAAUGACGAUGGAGGCCAUGCAACAUCUUGUACUGUCAACCCAGCUAUUGUUAUUGGAGACCAAAUUGCACCAAAUAUUGCUAGUAUUGAGCAACAAGAGGAGAGUAAGAAUAGGCCAAGCUCACGUUCUCAUCCCAUGAUCACAAGAUCACAAUGGGGAAUUUGCAAACCAAACCCAAAAUAUGUUGCCUUACAAGUCCAUUCCAAGGCUUCACUCAUUCCAAUGGAACCAAAAUCCAUUAAGUUAGCCUUGCAACAUCCAGGUUGGACAAAAGCUAUGCAUGAGGAGUUGUCUACUCUUAAGGAAAACCAUACAUGGGACCUUGUACCUCGCACAAAAGACAUGAAUGUAAUAGGCAGCAAAUGGGUAUUCAAGACAAAAUUAAAAUCAAAUGGAAGUCUAGAUAGGUUGAAAGCUCGAAUUGUAGCAAAAGGCUUUCACCAAAUUGAUGGUGUAGAUGUUUUUGAAACUUUCUCUCUGGUCAUAAAACCCAGUAGCAUUCGAGUGGUACUCACAAUUGCCAUUGUAAAAGAUUGGGGUAUCCGACAACUCGAUGUUAAAAACGCCUUCCUUCAUGGAAAUCUUUCCGAGCUAGUCUUCAUGGAGCAACCCCUAGGCUUUAUUGAUGAUUGAUAUCCUUCACAUGUUUGCCAUCUUCGAAAAGCUCUUUAUGGCCUAAAACAAUCUCCUCGCGCUUGGUUUGAUCAUUUGAGUAUAUUUUUACUAGAAUUGGAUUUUUCUUGUAGCUCUGCUAAUCCUUCUUUGUUCAUAUAUCACAGUCAUCGAGGUAUGCUCCUUUUACUCAUAUAUGUGGAUGAUAUGAUUCUUACAAGAAGCGACUCAAUUCUUAUUCACU